UGAUUAUACGCAAAGAUAAUAUUUUCAACAGCUGAAAUGGAAGUAAUGAUAGCAAUGACCACUAGGAGUCGCAAAAGAUGUGAGGAAUAGAAAACCAGCGAAGAAAAGAAGGAAAUUACCGGGUUUUGAACGCUCUCCGUCUAUAGUGUUAAUUAAUACCGUUACAUCAUCAUUAUGGUUUUGUUUUGGUUAGAUAUCUAAAGAUCCUGUGAAAGAGGACGCCACUUGGCUUUCAGAAAGGUGAGUGAGGGCACAGUGUAGCCAUGGCAGCUGUACAGUCUGUCCUGAUGUUUGCAGUAUGCGUCCUCGUGAUAACAGAGCUGAUUCUCGCCAAGAAGGACUACUAUGAUAUACUGGGAGUGCCCAAAGGUGCAACAGAACGCCAGAUAAAGAAGGCUUUCCAUAAGCUUGCAAUGAAAUUUCACCCCGAUAAGAACAAGAGUCCAGAUGCUGAAGUAAGAUUCAGAGAAAUCGCUGAAGCUUAUGAAGUUUUGUCCGAUGAGAGCAGAAGAAGAGAGUACGAUCAGUUUGGCGACGACGUGUACACAGGAGGGGAGACGCAAAGAGCAGGCACCCACCAGCCCUUCACCUUCAACUUUGACGACAUGUUUAAGGACUUCAACAUCUACAGCCAGAACAGACAUUCUCGUCACAGGCGACACUUCGAAGAACACUCCAAAUCCCACAAGGAGUCCCACAGCAGACGCAGGAGACACUUUCAGGGUGGCUUCGGGGCGGGGAUCCUCGACGACAUGUUUGACGACAUGGACAGAAUGUUUACUUUCGAUAGAAACGCCAAACAGACUGAAGGCAGGUUUCACGGUACAACGAAGCAGCACUGCAGAACUGUAACCCAGCGCAGAGGAAACAUGGUGACCACUUACACGGACUGCACCGCAUCGUGAAGUCAUUUAUGACCUAAAUUGCUUCAACGAGAUCGGUAAUGCGGUGUUGUCAGGAUCGUUCAGCAGAAAGUGGGUUGCAAGCUUACACUCGCGUUAGAGAUAGCUUUGCUCUAAAUUCAAAUAAGCUUUAUUGUGAAUGAAUGUAGUGAGUUUUGCUUACUGUUUGUGUAAGUUGAAAGAAAGUUUUUUUUUUUUUUCCAUGAAGCAAGCGCCUUUGAGUUUUGACAAGAA